AUGCAUUGGUGGCAGACUGUUUUUCAGCUCUCCUUGCUGGCCUCGACCGCGCUCCCGGCCGCCGCUGCAAGCUGGGGGUUUGCUGAUGCCACCGUGUCAGUUCAGACCAAGGGCGCCGGAGUCGGUGCCGGAUUGAAGGAAGAAAUCCCUCAGAACGGCGCUCUCUCUAAACCCGUCCCUCUCGGUAGUGCGGAUACCCUCAAGGUCGCCCUAACAGCGCAGGAAGGAAAGUCGGCGAAAAACGCGCACCAAGUCUUCCUCCUCCUCGAAGACCCGAACUCGGGACUAGAUGUCUCCUAUCCGUUUUCCGUCAAGGGCAAUGGCAAAUCUCGGGUUGAUUUGACGUGGAAAGAUAUUCCUACCCAAUUCCUUUCUACAUCCGAACCUCUUGAUGCGAGGAUCCUGAUCGGAUCGUUUGGAAGCUCGCCAGCGUACAACAAGCCCGCGUUCCAACUGUCUCUGGCCCGCAACCCCGAUGAGCCCGUCCCGACAUAUGAGGUCUCGCGAUACGGAAAACUCCCUGAGAUCCAUCACAUCUUCAAGAGUGACCCUCGGAGCCCGCCUGUUGUCAUCACACUUGCUUUCAUUGCGACAGUGCUAGCCGCUUUACCUCUCCUAGCUGCCCUGUGGCUAUUCCUCGGCGCUAACAUUAGCCACCUCCCUACGGCGAUUAAGUCGGCCCCCAUUCCUCAUGCCACGUUCUUGGGCUCGCUAUUCGCUCUUGAAGGCAUCUUCUUCCUUUACUAUACCUCCUGGAACCUGUUCCAGAUCCUCCCGGCUGUUGCUGCCGUCGGAACUGUCGCCUUCAUUAGCGGCAGCCGUGCGCUCGGAGAAGUCCAGGGCAGACGUCUGGCAGGUCUCCGGUGA